AAAAACAUACUAGUCACGUCUUGGAUAGCCAUAUCGGACCGAAACUACCUUUCCGGUUUCUCUCAGUGGUGCAGGUCACUCCCCCACUCCCUGCUGUCACAGCUCUCUACGCGUUUCAGACUAUCAGUAGCACCUAAGUAGUCCUAAUCUUACUGUCUUCUCUCAAGUUGUUGAGUUGAUAUAGUGACAACUGUUUUUAGUAAUGCGUUGAAGUCGGUGGUGCGGCGGCUCUCCACAGGGAGGAAUCACUCUUCUUCGCAUUUGGUUGAAAAGCAGCGGGGGAAAUGUCCAGCUGAGGACUAAAAUCCUGACAACUGUUGGGCCCGUUUUUCUAAUGAUUGAUCAGUGCUUCGAUAAUGGCGCAAAAGGCACAGGUUUUGUAUGACUUCACCGCUGAGCCUGGAAACAACGAGUUAACAGUGAGAGAAGGCGAGACAAUCACAAUCACCAAUCAGAGUAUUGGCGGUGGCUGGAUUGAAGCACAGAACUCCAGAGGGGAGGUUGGACUGGUGCCAGAAGACUACAUUGAGGUCAGUAAGGCAUUUCCAUCGUUCCCAGGAACCACAGCACCUACUUCAGCAGUAGGAAAUGUUGCAUCUGCAGACCUGUCCUUCUUUGACGCUUACGCUCCCACAUCAGCACCUGCACAUAAACAGGUGGAUGCUGGGGGCUUGAGUCCCCAGCCGGACACCCCCGACACCCCAGUUCCCCCGUACCUUUCGUCCCCCGAUGAGGCGAGUAAUGGGAAUGAUCCCUGGUUGGCAUGGAAUGCGGAUCCCUCAGGGGGCUCCAACAACAACUGGGCGUCCAAUCCGGAGGGCACACAGACUGCGAAGAGUACUGCUGACCCCUGGGGCUCCACAUCACACGGCCACCCCCAGGCUUACCAGGGCCCAGGAGCAGAGGACGAUGAGUGGGACGAUGAGUGGGAUGACAUGAAGUCCACUGGAGGUUACGUCGAGUCCGAAUCUGGCGACGGUGGAGCCAUGCAGAGAGGAGGAGCUCACGCAACUUCAAUGAAAAUCUCCCUCAACAAAUUCCCUGGGUUCUCCAAGUCUGGUCCAGAGCUCUACCUCCUAUGCAAGCAGCUUGCUAAGAGCAAAGACAAGCUGCCAAUCUAUAUGGGCGAGGUUGGCCCGGUUUGGUCCUAUCCAGAGACUCAGCUAGACUGUGUGGUGGCUGACCCCAAGAAAGGUUCAAAGAUGUAUGGCCUCAAGAGCUACAUCGAGUACCAGAUCACAGCCAGUACAACAAACCGACCAGUCAACCACAGAUACAAGCAUUUUGAUUGGCUAUACGAGAGGCUCCUGGACAAAUUUGGGUCAGCCAUCCCAAUCCCCUCUCUACCAGACAAGCAGGUGACAGGGCGUUUUGAGGAGGAGUUUAUUAAGAUGCGUAUGGAGCGGUUGCAGGGCUGGGUGACCAGGAUGUGCAGGCACCCUGUCAUUUCCAGCAGUGAAGUAUUCCAACUUUUCCUCACCUACAAAGAUGAGAAGGACUGGAAGAUGGGGAAGAGAAAAGCAGAGAAGGAUGAGACCGUAGGAGUUAUGAUCUUCUCCACAGUAGAGCCUGAAGCUCCAGACCUGGAUCCUUCAGAAGUGGAACAGAAAUGUGAGCAGUUCAGCAGAUUUACCAAAGCCAUGGAUGAUGGCGUGAAGGAAAUCCUCACAGUGGGAAACGAGCACUGGAAGAGAUGUACAGGCCCUUUGCCUAAAGAGUACCAGAGAAUCGGGAAAGCCGUCCAAAACCUCUCCUCUGUCUUCAGCAGCAGCGGAUACCAGGGCGAGUCGACCCUGACUGAUGCUAUGACAGCUACAGGAAAGACAUAUGAGGAGAUAGCUCAGAUGUUUGCAGAGCAGCCCAAGAAAGAUCUCCACUUCCUCAUGGAGACCAACAAUGAAUAUAAAGGUCUUCUUGGAUGCUUCCCAGACACCAUCGGAGUCCAUAAGGCCGCCAUAGACAAGGUGAAGGAGGCCGACAAGCUGGUGGCCACCAGUAAAAUUACCCCCCAGGACAAACUCACCAUGGCUAAACGAGUCAGCACCAUGUCUUACGCAUUACAAGCUGAGAUGAACCACUUCCAUAGCAACCGUAUCUAUGACUACAACAGGGUCAUGCAGUUGUAUCUGGAGGAACAAGUCAAGUUUUACGAAACGAUUGCUGCAAAGCUCAGGCAAGCCCACAGUCAGUUCACAACAAUGUGAAAGCCUUCAGUCUCGCACUACAAGACAA